GUACAAGUAGAUGGCAUCGCCAUUUCUGCUGUUUGUGGGAGUCUCUCUAGGGACGGUUGUAGUGCUUCGUGUUAUUUCUAGACCUAGGGUGUUCCCUAUAUUGCUCAUGGGUGCUGGUUUUGGUAUCACUGGAACUGCCUGUAUUACUUACGUAAAUCGCUCGAAGCAUGUAAUGCCUUCAAGCUUUGUACCUAUAACUCUAAAAAUGGGUUCCACAAACUUCAAGGAAAUUCAACCAGUUAUUUAUGAUAAUUUGAUCUUGAAUUACAUUGAAGAUGACUCAGUUGGCUCAAAUAAAUCGAAAAGCUGUCUAAAUUCCAUGGAUUAUAAACAAUACAAAAAAUUAAACAUUGAUGAAAUUCGUCAUAUGUGGUUAUCAGCUGUGCUUCCAGUUUUUAGGAAUAAUAGUGGAAAAAAGAAUUGUACUGGAACAGACUCAGUGGAAGACCUAGAACGUAAAAUUGUUUUCUGUGAAAUAGGAUGUGAAUUCGGUAAUAUAUGCCUUCAGGUGCUGGCGGAAACCAAAUGCGUAAAGACUGUGGGAAUGGAAACAAAUUUAACUUUUAUACAAACAGCCAAGGAAGCUUCCAAACGGGCUAAAGAACUUUAUCCUGAAAUUUUUUAUGAAAAGGAAUCCAUAUGGUUUGAAGAUGAUUUUUCAAACUGUGCUGAUAUUCUAAGAAAGGAGGCUGUUAAUACAAUAUUUGUUCGCUUAAAUAUUCUUGAUAAGUUUCUAAUGGAGAAGCUUGUAUCGUUUGCGUAUUCUGUACCUUCUAUUAAGUGCAUAGUUACCUUGCAAAAGAUUAACGAUGAUCUUUUAAAAGAUGCCUCAUUUAACCCAGCCUACACCUUUCACUCGUCAUCUGAUUGGAGUAAGGGAUCACUUUUUUACGUUUACAAAAGACAGUAACCUCUCAAAUUUUUAUUAUAAUACACCAAUAUGAGUAUAACAAUAUGAAUAAUGCACAUGAUAUAUAUAGAUAUAUCAUAAACUUGAUUAUUUUUCAGAUAUCGAAUAAAA